UGCUGCUGCCUUUAGUUGGGUUUUGGGUUUUGAAGUUACAUGUUGAAGUGAGUAUAAAAAUAAAAUUGCAUUCAUGGGAAACUAAAAUUUACAACUCAACUCGAAAUCUGCUCAUUUGCCAAAAAAUACUUCUUUUUUGGACUCUGGGAGGAAACAUCAAUCCGAACAAUCAGUGAAAAAUCAGUGAAGUUUUGCAAUCCUAUUAUAUUAUAUAUCUAUCCACCUCGUAGUACGACUUGCGACGAAGAGAGAGUAAAAAGUGAGUGGUGUUGAAAAAAUAUACUGCCAGCCGGAAUAACUUGGAAACCAAAACUCGCCCCCAGUGAGUAUGGCCCUUAUCGAAGGUGUCAAGUAUGGAUUGUCAUCUUAUCCGAGCUCCUCCGCCCCUAACAAUGCAACUGCUACCAAUAACAAAACCGUGCUUUUCGUUAAGUUAACUGAUUCGGCUAUUAGAGCUAUUGAGGAGUACCUGAGGACACAGCAAAAGACUGGACAGAAUGCAACUCUACAGUUCCUUGGCAAUGAUGGGAGAAUUAAUAUUCCCUCAUCGCACAGCAGUCAAGGUCAAGUGUUCGACUUCAGUUUACAGUCGAAUGCCGAUAUUGAAGGUCCGCAAGGGAGUUUCGAAUGUAUUCAACAGUCGAGCUCAAGGUCACUCGACUCCAUGGGGGCACUACCAUUUAAGAUACGUGUUAAAGCAAAUGACAAUGUUUAUGAGGAAACAAGACAGAGAUUUAUCCAAGCAGAAGAUAUUAGGAAACAAGAAUGUGCUAAAGUAAUUAAACAAAACGGACCGGACAUAGGAAGAAAAGUAAAGAAGAAGAUGGAUCAGAUUCCUCCUCCAUUAAACCGUCGCGAAACUUCGCCAUUUAGUCAUGCAAAAUUCUCUCCGAAUAAUUCCUCAUCUACCAAUACAAAAACUACAAAUGCGUCGUCCCUUGGUCAUUCUUCAUCAAAUUCGUCAAUAAAUAGAACUUUUAACGGAUUCAACUCGGUUGGAAACAAUAACUCCGGAAUUAAUACAAGACCUGCAGGGAGUUGUAAACCUGGUAUUGGACCGGCGGAUAUUGCCAAACGACCAUUAAAGGAGAGAUUGAUUCAUCUUUUAAGCAUAAAACCUUUUAAGAAGCCAGAACUCCAAAGUCGAUUAUCUCGUGACGGGAUCAAAGAUCGAGAAAAGCAGCUAGUGAUGACAAUUCUCAAACAGAUUUCCAUUUUUAAAAAUAAUGAGUAUGUUCUUCUUCGGGGCGUAUGGAAUGAUGUUCAAGAAGAUUGGCCUUGUUACACCGAACAGGAAAGACAGCUAAUGAAGAGACGUAAACCUCAGAACCUCACGCCGCCUGGCUCUGAUUCUAGUGUGAGCAGUGGAGUCAGUGGGUGCUCUCCGAGAAGUACUGCCUCCACAAGCUCUGGUGGCCAUUUAUCGCCAUCGCAUAAUCAAAGCAGCCAAUAUUCCAACAGUCAUUUUGAAACUAAGUCAGGCGUCGGAAUUAACAAGUAUAGUUCAGGUGGUGGUCAACAGAAUGGUCACAGACCCGGAGAUAAACGUCCAAUGUCAUCCGAUCCCAUGAUUGUUGGUCCCGAUGGUAUUUUACUUGAAGAUAUUAGUGGUUACGAGGAUGUGCCGAAUAGCAAGAAACCGCGCGUGUCACAUUUCAAGCGACCCGUUCGCAACCCUGGAUCAACUUCUUUUUCUAGCUCAGACGCAGGAUUAAGUGUUGGGAGAUCUGACAGAGAUGGUCUGUCCCCACAUUUGCAUCAAAAUCGUGUUGCCGAACGGCUGAGUCCCAUCAGUUGCAUUAACGGCAGCUCUAACAACAGUGGUCCGAAUGCUGGGCUGGCCCUUUCGUUCGGAGGUCACGGCAAUUCUGUCAAUGCUGACGGGCAACUAUCCCCUCAAUACUACAGUACUGAAGAUAAUAAUAAUCACACUUCUCCGCGGGACGAAUUUCAUACUGGAGAUGAUAAUAUGGGGGGUUUCUCUCCUUACACCUGGACUUCCAAAGUGGGUGACCCACAAGGAACCCAAGCGGCCAUGGAUUCUGAUGAAACUGACUCUAUUGACAGUGGAAACGGAAGUAGUACUAGCACGAGCGGAAGACAUUAUCAUAAUAAUGAGGAGACAGGGUUUGCAACAGGAGCUGCAUUCCAGGAUGGAGCAUCCCUGUCCAGCACGAAACCCAAUAACCAAAGCCAAGGCACUUUCUCCAUGAGCAUUUCUAACUGUAAUCGUGUGAGCUCAACCACGAACGGAUCAGGCGAGUACCUGUCGCCGCACUCUAGUCCUGAAAGUCACGGUAUUGAUUCUCUGCCACUAAACCAGCCACAAAAGGGAGAUUGUGACAUGAGACCUGGGAAUGACCAAGUCUCUGUGGCCACUGGUGGAUAUGGUGAAAGCGAGAGUGCAACUGGACAUGGUUCGUCCCCAUCUACUUCAAAACAUGGUGCAAAGGAGGAAUAUUGUGAUCAUCGUCGUAGUGAUAAGGAACGAGGCAGUGGUCGAGACAGAGAACGAGAGUUUCGCAGUCGAGAUAAAGACAAAAGUGAUAGAAAGGAUCGGGAAAAUCGCAAAUCUGCUCAAAGUAAGGGACCUGAGCUACUACCACCUCGCAAAGCAGGAGAUCAUACCAAUAAUUCAGCAAAGGAUUGUAUGGAUUGUCCUUACUUAACUCAAUACACGGCCAUCGAGUCAGACGAGCAAAGGAGUCGCUACAAAGACGACUUCAACAGUGAUUAUCCACGGUACCGUGAUCUGCAUGAUGUGAUAGGGAAAGUUUCAAAAAAGUUUGCUCAAUUGGAGGAAAGACUGCGAGAAGAGGUUCGUGGCUCUGUGGAAUAUCAGAACAUCCGAGACCAAAUAGUAAAAGAGUACUACGCCAGCAAGAAGGAUAGAAAAUACCAAGAAGCUAAGGAGAAAUUUAACUACUUGCACAAAAAGUUGUCCCAUAUAAAAGAAUUGGUUAGCGACUAUGACCGACACUUGUUUGGACACGAAUGUUCUCCAGUUCGAUGACGGAUAGCUGGAGACGUAACUAUUGAGCAGCAGCCAACCCCUCUGUACCCACUGAACUCAUUAUUUUUGGAAGAGAGCAAACUGAUCUGCAUGAAAAUUUCAACUCUUGUUAAUCCUCAGCGUUCACACACAGACAGCUUCAAUUAAUUUCGUAAAGUCGUCAUGCAACUCGCAAAUGUAAAUCGUAGUCACCAAUCUCAUGUGUCAUUGGCCUUAAUAUUCCGAAUAUACCAGUCAAUCGGCGCGUCGUUGCUCACUAAUCACGUAUUCUCUAACGUUGUAAAAAUGACGCGAGUUUAUUCAAAACUAUGUUGUCUAUAAAUAUGUAUUGGUAGUGCAGGUAGAAAGUUGUAUAAGUUGUAAUAUGCAAUCAGUCUUGGCUAUCCAAACAAUCACAAGCAUGCAUUAUAGAUUAAUAUAAAAAUUGAGACGCAUCAAAAUAUCCUGCUACAUUUGUGGGUACUCGGAUUAGCACUUUUUGGUACCUUUAAUUUGGCGUCGCAAAUUUAGGAAUUGGAAUGAUAAAGUGCUUGAAGUUGCUACUUGGUAUUUAUUUUUAAAACAACGAUGUUAUUGCUGCACACAAAUCACACUUUUUUGGCAAUUUUAUCUGUAUAUUUGCUUGAUUGUAUUUGCUAAGUCAUUUAUGUCAUAUGUGUUUCGAAUUUUUUUGUAUCCUUCUUAUCAUGUGGUAAUCAACUGUGAUUUCUCAUUCAAACUAUCUUGUUUUAUCAAGCACUUUAGGUAUUUUUAGCUUAACCUGCAUUUACUUUAUGUACGAAAUUUUGAUUAGGGGUAUAGACAACAAAGUUCGAGUCGUGUGGAGCACGAACGUGAUUUUAUAUGUGCUGCGUCCAUGGGCUGUGCUAAUCCUGUGUAACUAAUUCUGAGUGAUGGUGAUAUUUGAUUGGAAGGAGACAAAACAUUUUUACGUAUUUAUUGAUAUUACUUUAGCCAUGCACGAAGCAGGCAGGCACUCAAUUAAACGUUUAUCUUUAUUUCGAAAAUAAUUUAUAAACAUUUAUUUGUGCACUGCUAACUGAAUUUCCAUCGCCAAUUUCAAAAAAAGCCAAUAUUCCUCCAAGACUGUCGCAUUCGUAGGUUUUGUCAUAUUCAAAUUUGAACAACGCUACGAUUAUGUAUGUAUGUAUGUAUGUAUGUCGAUUUUGAAAUUUGAGAUGUGAAAAUGAAAUUUCCGAGGUGGUCAAGCUACGAAUUUCAAACAUUUUUUGUAUGUACCUUGCCUUGCUAAACGAAUAUGGUUGAUUAUUCCAAAACUUAUCGUACUGAUAUCAGGGUCUAUCAACUGUAUCCUUGAAGAAUUUUUAGGUAUUGUCCCGUCAGUUUAUAAGUUCCCAAAAAAAUUUUAAAAGAUUUUAAAGUUUGGGAAUAUAAUAUGGGUGUCUUAUGCUGGGAAAGUUUUGCUGGCAAGCAAGUUGAAAUAUCCGGAUCUAUCAUUCAUAAAAUGUAAAACAUAAUUUUUGGAUACCGUAUUUGGUGCUGGACUUUUAUGCUAUUAAUCUUCUUGGGUACCGCUUAUAGUUUCAGACCUCAUCUAGUAAAUUCGCAGUAAGCAUAGUGUGCUUAAUUUCACGAAGGCUUUAUAUAAUCCCUCGCCCUGUUUAUUAUGCAUAGAAAUUUAUCUAGAAAUCCUGCAAAAAUACAGUUGAUGGACCCUGAUUAAUUCAUACAGAAUGAGCCCUGACUCUGGCUAAAAAGCCGUAUUCUAAAUUAAACCAUUAAUUAUCGCAAAUUUACUGAGUUAUCAAAGUCAAUGAAAUUUCGGAUUAGUGUUGAAGCAAGGAUUCCUUCUGUUUUCGAGAGCGUAGAAAACUAGUCAACGCUAAUGAAGGAUUACUAUAUAAAAUUGGCAGCGAUAUAAAAAGUCACGCAGCGUUGCUUAUGUAUGUGCGGAAGAAAAUCAUAGGGGGAAUCUUAUGGUCUCUAAUAACACAAUUUGUCCUUACUACUUCAGAAUUCGUCUUUUUUAUUUGGGGAAAAGCGUUCACAAGUCAAGUGGGGUGUCAUAAUAAAUAGGAAAACUGAACUGAUUACCGAGAUACUAAUCCCCGUUUCCAGUGCAUGUUUGGAAAAUGCCUUGGAUUAUUGGAAAUGUAUAUCAGAAAAUUUAUAGGAGUCAAAUUAUUCUUCUGUUUCGUCUUGUUUCCAAAAUAGAUGGAAAAAAAUGAGAGAGAAUUACAGUGCAUCACAAAUAGGUUGUUAAUCUUUGGGCGUAGUUUUAUCUUUUUUCUUGUAAUAUUCAACCUGAUUAUAAUUAUUGGGCAUAAUUAAAGCAACAUGCAUUGUCAUAUUAUUUAGAUAUUAGAAAACGUAUAAGGGUCAAGAUAUUAUAUUGAAAACGUUUAAAAAAAGACUGGCUUAAAUAAUAGAAACCUACUCGUCAUGCUAUGGCGAGUAAAUAAAAAAGUACUGAAAAAAACACUAUUGUAACCUAGUUAAUGAUUAGUUUAUGUUAUAAAAAGCUGAAAUACGUACUCUAGCCGAGAGAUUUUGUAACUAUAAUUCAAAUGACAAACGAAGCAAAUAUAUAAAAAGACGCAUUGAUAAUAUUAUUAUAAAUAGGUUGUAACUUUGUCGCUUCAUUAUCAGAAUUCCUCGUGAUACAUGAUGAAAAAUAUUUUGAUAACUUUGCUGGAAUUUGUGGAUGAGAAUUAUGGAUAAAUAUGCAUAAGCAUACAUCGCUAGACGUUUUUCUUGUAAACUUAUUAAAAUAAUACUGUAGUGGUACUUAUAAGAUAAUAUUGGUUGGUACUGAUAAUAGUGCUUAAUAGUGCUAAGGAACGAGAACUAGAUAUAUAAAAUAUACGGUAUGUAGUGUUAUUGAGUCAAAAGAAUAAUGUGGAGAUCAAGUAAAAUAUUUUUGCAAUCAAACACAUAUCGGACGAUUCGAAAUAGCAGGAUACUUGUACUGAUGAUGAUAGUUGACAUUAUGACAAUUGCGCUAUAAUUAUCAUGCAUGUUUAUGUAUAUUAAUUUUAGUCCAUUAGGAAUAUUUGAAACCUGUUUUUGAACUGGACUGAAUUUGCCGUUAUUUCCUACCCGAUUAUUAUUAUUAUAUUCUUAUUGUGAUUUGUGGAUGUUGUAUUUUUUGCUCUUCUAUUUAAUUACUGUUCUUGGAAAACAAAGCUUUCGUGCAAUGCAUUUGUUAAUCGAAGAUAAAGUUAAGGAAAAAUUGACUGACUGCUAAUUUGUGGUAAUUGAUCUACAAUCAUUAUAAAGAUACGUGUUAGUAGACAUAAAUAUGUAUAUGAUUUUCAGUCAGAUACAUAUGUACACACAUCGUGUACAGAAGCGUUAUUUCUGUCGCCUCACUUGUUAAAUCAUGCGUUGAAUUAAAAUCUGUUUAUUUUGCUAAGUGUUCUCCAAUCACUAGACUGUUUAUUGACCUUGACUACUCGUAUGUAUGUAUGAAGCUGCGAAAUAUGCAACAAAACGAAAAUUUUGCAAUUUAAAUUAAAUUGGUUUCAAAAAAUUAAAGCUGAACCAUAAUUAUUGGAUCGAUGUAAUACAUAAAAGUAACUUCUGUAGAUGCAUUUAGAAGGAAAUUGUAGAUUUGGAUUAUUUGUGUUUAUUUUAUGUGAAAAUAUUGAUGUGAACCGAAAAAGACGAUUCUCAAAAGUGCCAAAAUUCUGUAUUUUUUAUGCAAAACUAAUACUUCAAAACUGUCUUGUCUUCGCUGUAUUGUAAUUAUUACGAUUUACGUUUGCAAAUUAAUUUACCACAACACUAAAUAAUAUAUCCUCUGUACACUGUGAAUUGUUCCAUUGUCAGUCUCUGUAUAUUUGGUGAUAGAGUAGUUUGAAAUAAAUCAAAACUUUGCAAUCUCGAAA